UUGUAUUCCAGAUGAAGUUAAUGAUUUUGUGACGGAAUGUGAAGAUCUAGGUAAGCUUAUUUUAUAUGCUCCGUAGUGGACGAGGUGGAGAUGGAGCUUAUUAGGGUGCUUGUAGUACUGAAUUUUUUUUUCAGGCAACCUAUUUAUUUUUUCUGGGCAGGUCUAUUUAAUCCUCAUUUUGGUUGCUGUCCACAUAAACGGUGCCCUAUCAACUACUUUCCCUUCCACAUUCACAGCAGUGUAGCCAAUGUGGUGGCUGCAAAGACCUGCUUUAACAAUACAAUCAUCAUGUGUGGCAUUAAGAAUAAUGCAGGACAAGGGCUGAACAUUGUGCUAGCAAACGGUGCAACCGGUGAGGUUUUAAGAAAUAAGAACUUUAACCUGGAAUCUAAAGAAUUACUUGUCUAUCUAAAGACACUAAAACGAGGACAUAUAGUGCUUGUGGCCGCACACAUCGACCCUACACCAAAGCUGACUGAUGAGAUUAGAGCUAUAUUCAGUGCACUGGGCAGCACAGUGGUCAAAUCCCUGAAGCCCAGGUAUGGCUGGGUAUUCACAGGCGCCUAUGGAAUAAAUGAUGCUAGUCCUUUUGAAAGGUUGAUUCAAAAUGAUGUGAGGAGCAACGCGUAUGAAGACUGGCCAGAGAUGGGGGAGAUCAUUGGCUGCUGUCCCAGAAUAUCUGAGACUGAAUAA